UAUUAAAUGACUAACGCUUCAGUGUCAUCAUCACUAUAACUUUUGCGACUGGAUGGUUUUAGGAUGGAUGAAAGGAACAAGGACAAGGACAAGGCCGUGGACAGUGGUGAAGUUUCAUUCUGGUGUUCCUCCCGGUUCGGUCUUGCCGUCAUAGGCUUCCUAGGAUUCAUCAACCUGUUUGCCCUGCGCGUCAAUAUAAGCGUGGCAUUGGUAUGCAUGGUCAACCACACCAGCUCACUGGAUGUGAACGUCACGGCAGGACAGCUGAAUGCGACGGAGGUGACGCAGUGUAGAUUUACGUCAAGCAGUAAAGAUGAUAAGGCAGGCGAAUUCAACUGGGAUAAGGUGACGCAAGGUCUGAUCCUUGGCAGCUUCUACUGGGGAUACAUCGUCACCCAGUUGCCGGGCGGGUUGUUAGCCUCUAGGUUUGGCGGCAAGAGGGUGUUCGGUUGGUGCAUGUUUGGAUGCGCGUUGGCCAACCUCCUAACCCCUGUUGGCGCGAGGACCCACGUGGUCUUCCUUAUGGUACUGAGAGUGAUCGGAGGACUUGGACAGGGCGUAGUUUGGCCGGCCAUGCACACUCUAUGGGCAAGCUGGGCGCCACCACUUGAACGAAGCAAGCUGGCCGGGUUCACAUAUGCGGGCUCUCAAGUUGGAAACAUUCUGACGUUUCCCUUGGCUGGGCUUCUAUGCGAAUACGGCUUUGAUGGAGGUUGGGCCAGCAUCUUCUACAUCACGGGGGCCACAUGCGUGGUUUGGUUUCUUGCCUGGAUGUUGCUGGCCUUCGAUACCCCGGCUGAGCACCCCCGGAUUAGCGUAGAGGAGAGAGACUAUAUUGAGAACUCGCUGAAGGGGCAGAUGGAGGUGGACACAAUGAAGAAAAUGUCAAUCCCAUGGUUUGCGUUUUUCAAAUCUCCCCCAGUGUGGGCGAUAGUUGUGGCUCAUACCUGUUGUAACUGGGGAACGUACACCUUCCUCUCCAACACGCCGACAUACAUGAGGGAGGUGCUCAAGUUUAAUAUCAAAGCGAAUGGGGUUUUCUCUUCGCUACCCUUUGUUGGAUUCGCCAUCCUGAUCAACGCUACUGGCUUCUUGGCUGAUUUUCUGAGGUCAAGGGCAUUAGUCAGCACAACCAUGUGCAGAAAGAUCUUCAACUCAUUGGGUAUGCUAGUCCCAGCAGCUCUUGUCCUGGUCCUAGGCUACAUUGACUGCAGCACCCCUUAUACAGCUGUGGCCCUUCUAACUAUAGGAGUGGCAUUCACAGGGUGUACAGUUGGAAGUGGAUUUGUUGUCAAUCAUGUCGAUAUCGCUCCAAAAUAUGCAGGGAUAUUAUUUGGGAUUUCAAAUACAGCUGCAACAAUUCCUGGAUUCCUCGCUCCUUACGUCAUAGGGGUUCUCACGAAUGAAAAUCAAAGCGAAGGCCAGUGGCGGAUUGUUUUCUACAUAGCAGCUGGGAUCUACACAUUUGGUGCCUUAUUUUACAUCAUUAUUGGCAGUGGAGACAUCCAAAGCUGGGCAAUGGAAGAGAUUACCACACCACACAAUGAUGGCGAGGAAGAUCAUCUUUGGACACAGGAACCAAUCCAUAACAAGACAGAUUCAUCUCAGCUGUAGAACAACAAUGGAGCUAGAUUGGGGACGCACAGGGCCUAUAUGCAAUGGACAAUGCAGGGCAGCAUGUCAUAGUAAAUAGGAACCAACCAAUGGAAUCAUCACACACAGCUGUCACAACGGAGAAUGAUAAUGACAGUAAAACACAAUAGCCUUGUAUAAUAAAAGUUAUUUUAAUUUUAAUUC